CCAACGGUCUCUGUCCUCAGCUGUGCUUCCCGCGCUCCGGCCGAGCCAUGUUCCUUCUCCUUACCCUCCUAACUGAGCUUGGGAGGCUGCAAGCCCACCUAGGUUCUGAAGGAAUAUUUCUGCAUGUCACAGUUCCACGCAAGAUGAUGUCAAAUGAGAGUGAAGUUUCAGAGAGGAAGAUUAUUUACAUCAUUACAAUUGAUGGACAGCUGUACACUCUACAUCUCAGAAAGAACUCAUUCUUACCCCAGAACUUUUUGGUUUUUACAUAUAGUGAAACUGGAUCUUUGCAUGCUGAGUCUCCAUAUUUUAUGAUGCAUUGCCAUUACCAAGGAUAUGCUGCCGAAUUUCCAAAUUCAUUUGUGACACUCAGUAUAUGUUCUGGUCUCAGGGGAUUUCUUCAGUUUGAAAAUAUUAGUUAUGGAAUUGAACCAUUGGAAUUUUCAGCAAGAUUUGAACAUAUAAUUUAUCAAAUGAAAAAUAAUGAUCCAAAUGUAUCAAGUUUAGCAGAAAAUUACAGCCAUAUUUGGCAGAAAGACCAGCCCUACAAAGUUCAUUUAAACUCACAGAAAAAAAAUCUUUCAAAACUAUUACCCCAAUAUCUGGAAAUACACAUUAUAGUGGAAAAAGCUUUGUAUGAUUAUAUGGGAUCUGAAAUGAUGACUGUAACACAAAAAAUUGUCCAGGUUAUUGGGCUUGUCAACACAAUGUUUACCCAGUUCAAAUUGACUGUUAUACUGUCUUCCUUGGAAUUAUGGUCAAAUGAAAACCAGAUUUCCACCAGUGGGGAUGCUGAUGCUAUAUUACAAAGAUUUUUGGCAUGGAAACGGGACUAUCUUACCCUACGGCCCCAUGACGUAGCAUACUUACUUGUUUACAGGAAACAUCCUAAAUAUGUGGGAGCAACAUUUCCUGGCACCAUAUGCAAUAAAAGCUAUGAUGCAGGUAUUGUUAUGUAUCCAGAUGCUAUAGGUUUGGAGGGAUUUUCUGUUAUUAUAGCUCAACUGCUUGGCCUUAAUGUAGGAUUAACAUAUGAUGAUGUCACUCAGUGUUCCUGUAUGAGAGCUACAUGCAUCAUGAAUCGUGAAGCGGUGAGUGCCAGCGGUAUAAAGAUUUUUAGCAACUGCAGCAUGCACGACUAUAGAUAUUUUGUUUCAAAACUUGAGGUUAAAUGCCUUCAGAAGUUUUCAAAUUUGCAACCAUUACAUCAAAAUCAACCAGUGUGUGGUAAUGGGAUUUUGGAAUCCAAUGAAGAAUGUGACUGUGGUAAUAAAGAGGAAUGCCAGUUUAAGAAGUGCUGUGAUUAUAAUACAUGUAAACUGAAGGGCUCAGUAAAAUGUGGUUCUGGACCAUGUUGCACAUCAAAGUGUGAGUUGUCAAUGGCAGGCACUCCAUGUAGAAAGAGUAUUGAUCCAGAGUGUGAUUUUACAGAGUACUGCAAUGGAACCUCUAGUAAUUGUGUUCCUGACACUUACGCAUUGAAUGGCCAUUUGUGCAAGUUGGGAACUGCGUAUUGUUAUAAUGGACAAUGUCAAACUACUGAUAACCAGUGUGCCAAGAUAUUUGGAAAAGGUGCUCAAGGUGCUCCACUUGCCUGUUUUAAAGAAGUUAAUUCUCUGAAUGAAAGAUCUGAAAACUGUGGUUUUAAAAAUUCACAACCAUUGCCUUGUGAACAGAACGAUGUUCUCUGUGGAAAAUUAGCUUGUGUUCAGCCACAUAAAAAUACUUAUAAAAGUGACGUUCAAGCCACAGUUUAUUCAUACAUUCAAGACCAUGUAUGUGUAUCUAUAGCCACUGGGACCUCCGUGAGAUCAGAUGGAACAGACAAUGCCUAUGUGGCUGAUGGCACCAUGUGUGGACCAGAAAUGUACUGUGUAAAUAAAACCUGCAGAAAAGCUCUUUUAAUGGGAUAUAACUGUAAUGCCACUACAAAAUGCAAAGGGAAAGGGAUCUGUAAUAAUUUUGGUAAUUGUCAAUGCUUCCCUGGACAUAGACCUCCAGAUUGUAAAUUCCAGAUUGGUUCCCCAGGGGGUAGUAUUGAUGAUGGAAAGUUUCAGAAAUCUGAUGAAUUUUCUACUGAAAAAAGCUACAAUAAACAGUGGAACAACUGGUUUAUUCUGAGUUUCUACAUUUUUCUGCCAUUUUUCAUAAUUUUCAUCAUUGUGAUCUUUAAGAGAAAUGAAAUAAGGAAAUUAUCCAACAGAGAGAAUACAGAAUAUAAGCGUAAUUCAUCCAUUGUACCAGAAAGCUAUGACAUGGGAUAUUGCAAAGAACUUCCACAACAAACAACCUAGAGGAACAAAUGUGCUUUAUAACCCUAUGUUACCCCCAAAUGCAUUGUAAAUGUCAAACUUUUGGAAAAUAAAGCCCACGUAUGCAGAAA